GCGCGGCGGGAAUCCUGUGUAGAAGCGCUCGCUCUGGGAGUCGCAGUCCUCGCGGGUGGGCAGAGACCGCGUGGGUCUGCUGUGGUUAUUGACCAGAGCGCGCGCUCUAGGUUACUUCGCCCCGCCGGGGAAGUGUCUGUGGGCCGCGUCCCCCUCGCUUCGUCAGUCUCUCUGACCACUCCUCUUUUACAGAGUCCUAGCGCUACAGCUGGCCCCAGCCCACCCAGGAUAAUGGCGACAGCACAGGUACUGAACAUUGGUAAAAAACUUUAUGAGGGUAAAACAAAAGAAGUCUAUGAGUUGGUAGAUAGUCCUGGAAAAGUCCUCCUGCAGUCCAAGGACCAGAUUACAGCAGGAAAUGCAGCCAGAAAGAAUCACCUGGAAGGAAAAGCUGCGAUCUCAAAUAAAAUUACUAGUUGUAUUUUCCAGUUAUUACAGGAAGCAGGUAUCAAAACUGCUUUCACCAAAAAAUGUGGGGAGACAGCUUUCAUUGCACCAAAGUGUGAAAUGAUUCCAAUUGAAUGGGUUUGUAGAAGAAUAGCAACUGGUUCUUUCCUCAAAAGAAAUCCUGGUGUCAAGGAAGGGUACAAGUUUUACCCUCCUAAAGUGGAGAUGUUUUUUAAGGAUGAUGCCAAUAAUGAUCCACAGUGGUCUGAGGAGCAGCUCAUUGCUGCAAAAUUUUGCUUUGCUGGACUUGUCAUAGGCCAGACUGAGGUGGACAUCAUGAGUCAUGCUACACAGGCUAUUUUCGAGAUACUGGAGAAGUCCUGGUUGCCCCAGGACUGUACACUGGUUGAUAUGAAGAUUGAAUUUGGUGUUGAUGUCACCACCAAAGAAAUUGUUCUUGCUGAUGUUAUUGAUAAUGACUCUUGGAGACUCUGGCCAUCAGGAGAUCGAAGCCAACAGAAAGACAAACAGUCAUAUCGUGACCUCAAGGAAGUAACUCCCGAAGGGCUCCAGAUGGUUAAGAAAAAUUUUGAGUGGGUUGCUGAAAGAGUAGAGUUGCUUCUAAAACCAGAAAGUCAAUGCAGGGUUGUAGUGUUGAUGGGAUCGAUUUCUGAUAUCAGUCACAGUGAAAAAAUCAGGAGAGCUUGUGAAAAUUUUGGCAUUCCAUGUGAACUUCGAGUAACCUCUGCCCAUAAAGGACCAGAUGAAACUCUGAGGAUUAAAGCAGAGUAUGAAGGGGAUGGCAUUCCUACGGUAUUUGUGGCUGUGGCCGGCAGAAGCAAUGGUUUGGGACCAGUGAUGUCUGGUAACACUGCGUAUCCAGUUAUCAGCUGUCCUCCCCUCACUCCAGACUGGGGAGCUCAGGAUGUGUGGUCUUCUCUUCGACUACCUAGUGGUCUUGGCUGUUCAACCAUACUUUCUCCAGAAGGAUCAGCUCAGUUUGCAGCUCAGAUAUUUGGAUUAAACAACCACUUGGUGUGGGCCAAACUUCGAGCAAGCAUAUUGAACACGUGGAUUUCCCUGAAGCAGGCUGACAAGAAAAUCCGAGAUGGCAAUAUUUAAGAAAGAACAUCAUUGCAUUUUUAGGAGAAAAAUUAUAACUUUCUAGUUUAGCUGCAGAAAAAAUAAGAUGAGAAGAUUUUUAAUCAGAGAAAACAAAAUCCAUUAGUGAAUAAAUGCUUCUCUAGAUUCAUGGAUUAGUGGAAUAUAUAUACAUACUUAAGGACAUGGUUAAGUUAACCUCUUAGCACUAUAUGGUCAUUGUUAGGUAGGUAACAAAUAUUUUUCUUAAAUGCUAAUAAUGUCCUACUAUAGAGCUCUGAAGUUACUACUUGAACUACAUCUCAACCCAUAAGUUCUAAAAAGUUAAAAUCAUUUUAUCUUAGAAAGGGUGAUAGAGCAAUAUAGUUCUUAAUAUGAUCUUUACAAAAUUCUAACAACAUGGUUUUUUAUUUGCAGUCAAUAUCUCAGAAAGUGGUGUGUAUCUCUAGCUAUUGAUAGAGAUGUUUUGUUUUGAUUUUGAUUUUUUUAAAGAAAAGUUAAGAUUGAUGGUAAGGGUAGGGAAAAGACAACAUAAGAUGAAGGGGCAUUGUGGAAGCCUUGGAGGGGUGACUUCUGCAAGAACUUCUGAUGGCUGCGAGGGCAAUUUGUAAUGGGGUAGGGCCACCUCUGGCUUCCAAAUAAAAGAUUCAAUGAAUCUUA